AUGGCCUUGGUGUAUGGGGUUGGGGGCGAUGGUAGUCGCGCCAGGCCCUCCGCUCUCGGGGCCAAGGGAUGGACCCGGGAGGGAAGCGCGGCCAGAGCUGCGACCUCCACCCUGCCCGCGGCGCCAGCCUUUGGAAUCUGGCGUCGCUGCCACCUUGCCCGUGAAGGCGGGGGCCCCGCUACGCUGCGCCUCGGCACCAUACCUAGGCCGGAUGGGGGCAGGGAGAGAAUUUGGCAGAGCUUGGCCUCGGGAUCCGCACCCAUGUGGAAGGACAGAAGAGGGGAGCCGUUUCCCCCGGCCUCUCCCCUACUGGGGUCUCGGGAAACACGCGGUAAUUACCCAAGAACCCUGACCUCUGUAAGAGGCGAGGCUGCGGGGCUGCCGGGACGGUUUGAGGACCGGGCCCAGCCGGGGAGACUCCAACCUUCAUCCCCUCCCGGCCCCGGAUACCACACCCCACCGUCUCCCGGCGCCGCCACUUCAGGCAGCCCACUCGGCCCGGCCUCUCCCCGCACCCGGACCACCCCCCACGGGGUGCUCUCACUGCGCAGCGAGUCCCUCCGCUGCCUCCUCCCAGCCCAAAAUGGCGGCGGCGGCCACCGAUCUUCUCGUCGCCUUCCUCCAGGGCAAGGAUUCCUCCGCGCCCAGGCCCCGCCGCCUUCAGCCGGAUCUAUUUUCUGCCCAGUCAAGAUUAGGUGUGCAAGCCUGGUGCUACAAAAUGACUGGCACUGCCUUAGUAAAGACAUCCUAGGUAACCAGAGUCCUCCUCAGAAUUCCCCCUCAGGACUUAGGUUUCUGUUGUUCUUUAAAGCAGGGGUCAGUACUUAAAGGCAUCUGCUCAGAGAUUUGGAACAGAAGAAGGUGGCCACUCCAAAACAGACCAACUGUAACGAGUCACCAGCAGCCCUGGAGGAGGCCAAGAGCUUUAGGGCUCCUGGGAGCCCUGAAACACCUCCUGUGUCUCAUGACCCUGACAGAUCCCUUCCCCUGAUACCCCGGAUGGAUAGCCGCCCAGAGGAUGAGGAUCCUGCUGGGGCUGCUGGUGGCUGGAACAAUAGGAGUCCCCAGACCCAGAGCCCAGCGGGCUGCUCGGCAGAGGCGGUGUUUGCCCGGAAGAAGCACCGCCGGCUGCCAUCAAAGCACAAGAGGCACUGGCGGCCCUAUCUGGAGUUGAGCUGGGCUGAGAAGCAACGGCGGGAUGAGAGGCAGAGCCAGAGGGCCUUCCAGGUGCGCGAGGAGAUGUUCGCCAAGGGCCAGCCCGUGGCGCCGUACAACACCACCCAGUUCCUGAUGAAUGACCGAGACCCAGAGGAACCUGACCUGGAUGUGCCCCACAGGGUCUCCCACCCAGGCUCCAGUGGGGAAAGUGAGGCAGGGGACAGUGAUGGGCCAGGCCAGGCUCACGGCGAGUUCCUGCAGAGGGAUUUCUCGGAGGCCUAUGAGCGCUACCACACUGAGAGCCUGCAGGGCCGCAGCAAGCAGGAGUUGGUGCAAGACUACCUGGAUCUGGAGAGGCGGCUGUCGCAGGCCGAGGAGGAGACACGGAGGUUGCAGCAGUUGCAACGGUACACCAACCAGCGGCCCUGUCGCCAGGUGGAGGAGCUAGCUGCCGAGGUGGAGAGGCUCCGGACCGAGAACCAGCGGCUUCGGCAGGAGAAUGAGAUGUGGAACCAAGAAGGCAGCAGCUGUGGUGAGAAACUGGGCACCUAGGGACGCCCGCCAGCCAGGCUGACCCAAGGAGAAGAUGUCAUGUCAUAUCCACUCAGGCUAGCUGGAUCCCAAAGAGGCAGGUGACAGAUGAAAACCAUUCUCAGCUCCCUGUGCCCUCUGAGAACACUGAAAUCGGUUCAUACUUCUACCUUGUCAUUUCCACAAUUUGUUCUUUGAUGUCAUCUUAUUUUUCAUAAAGAAAUUAAAAGGUCUUGGUGAGACCAAACAGGAGUGGCUAGUGUUGACUUCAUGAACUUUGGAGGGGCAGUCCAGCCCCUACAGCUGCUCUGGGCAUCCAAGUCCAGUCCUCCUAGGGAAGUCUGGGAAUUGGGUUGCAGCCUCCCCUUGCCCCAAGUUGGGAGGAUAGUAGAGCGGUGGACUGGGGACCUAUCAGGGUCCCCGCAAUGCUUAAAUUCUGCUCUCUGGGUCCUGGAGCAAUCAGAAGGCACUGAAGGUUUUUUCUAGGCGCUGCAGAAAUGGAAGGGAGCUCGGUCAGGAGCCCCCAGGUUCAGCUGGAACCUGACUUGAGAUGCCAGCAGGCUGUGAGGAGCUGGGAGCUUCCCCUGGAGAGAGCUGUCGCUCUGUCCCAGGGGUUCCCUCAAAGUAUGCUCCCAAACCAAAAAACCAGUUGCCAUCAAGUUGAUUCCAACCUAUGGCAACCCCAUGUGUUGCACAGUAGAACUACACUCCAUCAGGUUUUCAAGGCUGUCACCUUCUGGAAGCAGGUUGUCAGGUUUUUCUUCUGAGGUGCCUCUGAGCGGGUUGAAACUACCAACCUUUUGGUUAGCAGUCGAGCACUUAAACCAUUUGUGCCCCCCAGGAACUCCUGGUUUGCUGCCAGGCUCCCUGUAUUUAGAGGGUUGGGGUAGAUGAGGUCUGAGUGACUUGUGUCUCUUUUUCCUUGACAGCAGCCCCAUCUUCCCCACAACCCCCCCAGUCCUGCAGCCAGGACUUGGGAAGGAGGCUAGUCAUCUCAUGCUUGUCCCCUUUGCUCCUGGAAGGACACUUAUAAGUAAGCACUCAAGGGACGCGUUCUUCUGAUGGAAAAUAAAGCCCAAGGGGCAGAGGGGGACAGCAGAUGGAUCCUUAACAGUGCUGGGCUGCCUGGCCUUCCUGAUGCCUGCUCUGCGUCUGCAUGCAUCCUGCUCCUCUGAGCCUAAACACACAUGUAGUAAAUUCCCUCUGAAGUGCGUGAGCCCCUCACCAGUUCACAUAAUAGAGGGUCACCCUGGAUAAUAGAGACCCCACCAGCAUGGCAGCCACUGUUGGGCUGCGAGGAGAUGAGCUGACAGACCCUCACACUCAGACUCACCCUUCUGCAGGCACCCUGUCUCUUCCCGCACCCUCCCAGACCUUGCUGGCCGUGGCUGGUACCAGGCUGACAGCGAGGAUGACUGAGGUGGCAUGAAGGAAGUUAGUCAGCUCACAAGUGAGCCUGUGUUGACUCUGCCACUGCACACAGGGAGGGGCAGAGGCCUGGCCGGCCCAGCCUGGCUUCCAUUCCAGGCUCUCUUCUUGACAGGCCACAUUGGGCAAGAGAAGGGCUCAGGCCUGGGAGCUGCUGGGAUGGAAAUACUGACGAUCCGUGUGUGUUGCCAGAAGAACUUUCAUUUUUGCCCUGCCACACCCAGGCCUAGCCAGCGCCUCCUACAAAAAGCAAGCGGGAAUAGACUCUAGGAAGGGCAGGGCUUCCAGAGAGAGACAAAGUCCCAUCCUUAGGCAAUCUGCCCCUAAAACAGUGGCUGAGCGCUUUAAUUUAUUAAGCCCCUUUCCCUUUGAUUCCCAGACAACUCUGUGAGGAAGGGUGGGCAGGAAUGGUCGUCCCCACUUUGCAGAUGAGAAACCAAGGCUCAGAGAGGAAGUGACUUUCCGGAUUCUAGGGAAGCGGGCCAAGGCCUGCCUUCCCGUGUAGGGUGUAGGGUGCUAGCCUGGGACCUGAAGGCUGCUUGGCAAGGCACAGGCAACCUCCCAGCUGCUGCAUUCCUCAGUGUGGAGCCUGGAGGGGGAGGGCCAGGAGAAGGUUGUUUACAUGGAGGGGUGUGUGUGUGUGUGCAUGUGUGUGUGAAGACUCCAGAGGGCUGUUGGAGUGUUGGGGGAGGGGGCGUGGUGUGGAGGGAGAGGGUGUGUUUGGAGGCAGCUGCUCCCUGAAUGAAGAGCAGGGGCUGGGAGGAGGGCAGGUGAACAGCUAGGCCCUUCUUGACCAAGAAGCCCUAGAGCCUGGAGACAAAAAGUUACCAGCUGAACUGUCCUCUCACUCCUCUCCCCUCCCUGCCCCCCCCCACCCCACAAUAGAAUGGCCUAAGGGCUCUUGGCCAGGGCACACCACUGUGGUUGGUGAUUUUUUCCCAAGGCUAAUAGGGGACAGGGUGGGGCAAGAAGCAGACAAAGGAGAGGGUGUGAGCUGGGAAAGUCAAGAGGGGCUGAACAAGAGAGUCAGUGAAGAAGGAUCCCUGUCACCCCCCUUCUGCCAUCUGGUUCCCUAACCCCCAGGGUGAGGGGUGUGGAGGGAAGAGACCAUCACUGGGAGCUGGAGUGUCUGAGGCUCCCUCCUGGGGAAAGCAGGCUCAGCUACAGGUGGCAGCCAGGCCUGGAUUCAUCUCAUCACUUACCUCCUUUCCCUGAACAACUUAGCCAGUUGUUCCCUCUCUGGCUGCUUGGUCCUGAGGCCUAGGCUUCUCCCCUACCCCACCACAAUGAUAGAUGCUCCAAGUUACAGACAUGCACUCAGCUGGAGAGGAGAGGUUUGGACAUACCUAUCUCUGCUCCCUAGGCCUUUCUAGUGCCUUACUUGCCUCCAGCCCAGUUUGCUUUCUAGGACCUUCUUGGUCUCCUGGGCCAGGAGAGAGAGGACCAGAGAGGCAAAUAUUUCACAGGAGUGAUUGCUGAUGCUUCCCACCACUCCUGCCUAGCCUGGUCUGGGACCCCCCUUUCUUCCCCAUCAAGAAUUCCCCCGCUCAAGUAAAAACCCCUGGGUCCAGUGGACCUGCAAUGGGGCAGGGAAUGAGAGGUAGUGGGGCAGAGGAGCUGAGGGGUCAGGAGAAAGCUGCCAGGAAGUAAGGAGGAGGUUGGGGUGAAGUAAUUCAGUAUGAAGAAAGAGGUUGUCCAGAGCCCAUUGCCCCUUUGGGAAGUAGGCAAGGGUAGCACUGGCCCUUUAAGUGGGGGUGCCAGUCAAUGCCCUCCCUUGUGCGCCAACUCAACUUGUGGGCAUACUGAGCAUGUGCAGGAGCUGUGCAAGCAGAGGGGAGGGAAGCGGGGGAUAGAUUCCGGAGGAGCUCCUUACCCCGUUACUUCCUGUAGCUGCCCCCACUGCCCUUCCUGGGUCUGACAAAGGAGCCCACACUGCUCACCCAGUCCCUUCCCCCAUCCCAGACCCCAGUGCUGCCCUCUGGGGGACAGCCUGGGGUGGGGGGGCGGUGAUUGGCAGGGCACUGAGGCCUCCGUUUUAAAGUCCCCUCUCUGAGGUGGCAGCAAGCUCAGCCCAGGGCCAUCCUCGCUUGUGUGGGCGGUGGGUAAUCUUCCUGCUGCUUAACAUGUUUGAUAUCAUUCCAUUGGUGCCAGGUGUUUUGAAAGAACCAUCUACCUGUAAUGACACUUGGAAAAUUAAAGAGCUGAAAAUAUGAGGUCCCUGCUUCCGCCUCCUGGGAGCUUCUAGUCUAGUCAGAGGGGGAGCAAACACAGAGGCCGAAAUGCCUUGCCCAGACUCCCUCUCAUUUGGGUUCUCCCCUCCUUCCUCUACAGCGCAGUGGCUCCCCCAGCCCACAGGCUCAAACUGCUUCCUCAGCCAGCAACAUCCUCAGGCCACUCUGCUCUGCAGCUGAGGAACCCCCCUCCCUCAAACCUUUCUCCACCUCAGACUUCCCUGCUUCUGCAACGUUCUCCUCUCUUCCUCAUAUCUCAGCCCCCCCUUUACCUUCCCUACCCCCUACCACGCGUCCACCUUUCUCCUUCCUCUAAUCUCUUCGCUACAGGUACCAUUAUUAUUUUUAAUUCAGGUGACAGUCACAUAACAUUAACCAUUUAAAGUGAACAGUUCAGUGGCAUUUAGGAGCAUUCACAAUGUUGUGCGACCUCCACCUCUAUCUAGCUGCAAAACAUCUUCAUCCCCCGAAAAGCAGACCCCAUGCCCGUUAAGCAGUUAUUCCCCACUUUUCCUCCCCCCCGCCCGCCACCCCCAGCCUUGGCAACUACCAAUCUGCUUUCUCUCUCUACAGAUUUACCUGUUCUGGAUAUUUCAAACAAAUGCAAUCAUACAAUGGUAACCUCUUGUGUCUGGUUUUUUUCACUUUGCAUAAUGUUUUUGAAGUUUAUCCACACUGUAGUAUGUGUCAGUAUUUCAUUCCUUUUUAUGGUCGAAUAAUAUUCCAUGGUGUACCAGUUGCCAUCUAUCUGAUUUCAACUCACGGUGUCCCCAUCUGUGUCAGAGUAGGACUGUGCUCCAUAGGAUUUUCAAUGGCUGGUUUUUCAGAAGUAGAUUGCCAGGCCUUUCUUCCGAGGUCCACCUGGGUGGACUCAAACCUCCAAUCUUUUAGUUAGCAGUCAAGUGCCUUAACCAUUUGCAUCACCCCAGGGACCUCUGCUUCUAACUCAGAUCCUCCUUCUGACUCAGGCUCUUCUUUCCUUAUUUGUUCAAAGGGAGUAGGGGGCUUCCGGCCAGGCCAGGAUCCUGGGCUAUCCAGGGCCUAUCCUGGGCCAGGAGGCUCCUUCUAGAACUGUGCUGCCUGUUCUAAAAAACUGCCUACUGAGUCCAGGCACUGAAGGUGGCCCAAGGGGACAGCGUCUUCCUGUAAUUAGUACUGUGGGGCUUGGGGUCAGAUACUGACAUGAGAAAGCUUUAGCUCAGAGAGGUUGAGAAACUUGCCCAAGACCAAACAGAGAGCAGGGGGCUGUGCUGGAAUUAAAGACCGUGAUGUCUAAUUGUAGUUUGAGGUCUUGACCAUGGUGCUCUCUUGUCUUAAUGUAAGUUAAGGGCUUAGCAAAGUGCCAGCUAUGUAGCAGUUGCUUUCAGAUGGAAAACAGCAGUAAGUGUUACUAUUGUGGGACACUGCAUAAUCCUGAAUAGCUCCAUUCCAAGGUGGUUCUUGGGAGUUCCUCUCAUUCCUCCCUUACCUUAUCUUUUGGGGAGGGUUUCCCCUUGGCUCUCUCUACUUGGGUCUCUAGGUUGACAGUUUUUGUUGGGGGCUGGGAGGGGCCGUCUGGACCUGGAGACUUUUGGGAAGCUAGGGGUGAGAGGCAUGCUCCCCUGCCCCAUUUCCACAGUCCCUGAUCCCAGCCCCCCAAGAAGGAGGAGAUGGUAUUGUUUCCUUCAUGUGGGGCAAGUUUCACCCUUCCUUCAUGGCUGAAAGUCCAUCUCUGCCUCCCAAACAGAAAGGCCUUUGUGGGCCCAGAGAAGGGCAGGAGCUGCACAGGUCUUGCCAGGCAGGGGACAGGCUGAGCAGCUGUCCCCCAGUUGGCCACUGUGUCCCAGCUGCCUAUAAGCAUGGACAUUCCAGAGACCACUUGCCCCAGAGACUCUCUCUCAACUGCAUCCAAGAUGGGACACUCAAGACCAGCCCCCAAGGCACCUGCUGUCUCCCACCUCAGGGCAACCAGGCUGGGCCCCCUUCCUGCCUUCCCUCCAGGCUACAUCCUGCUGUGUCCUUAACCCAAUGGCUCCAAAGAGGAAGUUUCCAAGAAACUAAGUUGUGAGGAAGACUGUGACCCGUGUGGGCCGCCACAACCUGCCUCUGCCAUAUUCCCAUCACUACCACAAAGAAGGAAGAUGUCCUUGGGCCCAUAAUACUGCCUGGCUCUUGCUUCUUCCGGCCCAGUGUGCUCCUCAGGACCACAUUCGGUAACUUGUUACCUGAGUGAAGAAUCAACACAGGGAAGCUGCAGGUUCCCUCACAACCCAGGCUGGCCAGCUCCCGUUCCUACCCUGGGUCCUAGGGCUCCACCACGUCCUUUCUACCAAGACCUUCUGUUCCUUUGCUUCUCAGUCCCAGCCUCGGCUCUUUCCCUCUUGGGCCUCUGAGAAAGGCAGAUCUGUUUUUCCCUGGGCUCCUGGUCCAACUGCCCUCACUUGCAGUUCACCUCAGCUGUGUUUGUGGCCGUAGGCACCGCCCCACCCCCCAACUCAGCCCACCCCUCCUUCCCCAACUCCUGUUUUCCCCAGCAGCCCUGGACAGAACUCCUCACCUGUCUUUCCGCCCUCCUCCUCUGGGCUCCAGAUCCUAGACUUCAUUGCUUCCCUGCAGCUUUCUUCCCCUCACAGAGUUCCUGUAUCCACUAAAUCAUUGCUUCUCAACUUGGCUGCCCAUUGGAAUCACCAGCCAGAGAAAGCUUAAGAAGUUUAGGUACCUGGGUAUCACCCCCAGAAAUUCUGAUUUAAUUGGGUGUGGCCUGGACAAUGGGAUUUUUAAGGCCCCCCAGUGGGGUUCCUGUGGAGCCAGGGCUGGGAACCAGACUUCUAAGAGCUCCAAACAUUCUCUCUGCCCAGCUCCCUGUGGCCAGGAGCCCCUGUGUGGGUGCUGCUCUCACCUGCCCAGCUCCCAAGGAGGACUCCAGAGUGGGAUGACCUCCAGUGUGCCCAUACCAGACAGGGGAGCCCUGGAGGACAGACCUGGGCUCCAUGGACAGAGAUGCUCCAGAGAAGGAGGCCAUUUCCCCCAAUCAGCUGUGGGCCAGGCUGUCCCCAGAGACUCCUGGCCCCCACCACUAGAUGUGCCAGGGCUCCUGAGGAAGGGUAGGAGUUGAGACUAGGAAACCGAGCUGAGGGCCCCUGCAGCUCUCAGACAUGGAAAUUCUGCCUAGCAAAGAGCUGUUGCUUCAUCUCCAUAGCAGCACAACCACCCCCCCAGGGGGUGUGAUAAUGACUCUGCUCCUUCUGGGCAGGGAGUGCUCUAGACUGGGGGUUCGCCCCUAGCUCCAGCCUCUGGCAUUCACCUGUGAGCAAGAGCUGCGUAUGAGUCAGCUGGGAGUUUCAGAGUCAAAUGCUGUCCCUGCUUCCCUUUUUAGCCUCUUCCUGGUUAUCUCCCAUCCCUUUUCUUCUCAUUCACCCAGGGAGGGAGGGAGGAGGCAACUUGGAAGCUAGGGGAAGGAGAGUUUUCCAGAUCCAGCUGGGCUUUUCCAGGGCCCUGGCAAAGUGUAUUUGUUAAGAGCAUGAACGCUGGCAUUGGGUUCAAACCCUGCGCACCCUGCCCACUGCGGCUCCCCGCCCAGCUCAGCAAAGGGCAAGCAUCUGCCCACUGCCCUGCCUGGACACCCACAUCCUCCUCUCCUGGUGAAACAGAUGCUCACGUCUUAUUAACAGCAGAAACAGCACCAUUUGUUCAUUCAACAGAUAUUUACUGGGAGCCUACUAUGUGCCAGGCACUGGGUCACCAAAGUGAACUCGAUGGACAGCCUCUGCCUUCGGGGCGCUUACCUUCUCUUGUGGUCUUUUUACCUAUGGGCCUCCCGUUUUAAUAUAAGCUGUCAUUAAUGAAAUCACUCUGGAGUGUUCAAAGCCCUUUCGUUCAUAUGAGUUUGAGCGUUUCAAUGUGACCUCCAUUUCAUGGGUGGGGAGACUGGGUUUUGGAGAAACUAACUGACUUGUUCAGGGUCACAUGAUUAAUAACUAAUAAUACAAAUAAUAACAAUAUCCAGCACUUGCUGGAUACCAGUCAGUGCAAGCUUCCCACAUUUCAUCUCAUUUGAGCCCCACAAGCAUUUUGCAGGAUAAGGAAAUUGAAGUAAGUUGCCAAUGAGAUUGCACCUGGACUUGAACCCAGGCAGUCCAAUUCCAGCAUCCAUACACUUAGCCACCACACUAUGCCUCACUACAGGGAGACAGCCUUGUGUUUCUUUCGCUGCUCUCUGCUCUCCACCAGCAAGUCAAGUCUGAUCACUUGUUUUAUCUGUCCUGCCUGGCAAGAGGCACCUCUUUUCUCUUCCUUAUCCAACUUCUUUAAAGCUUCUGCUCUCUUCCUUCUUCCUUCCUGCUCCUCUCAUCCUGGACAGAGUUGCUUUUCAAGUGUUUAUUUUAUAUUACAAUAUUUUAGACAUAAAACAAACACCCAUGAACCUAUUACUUAGCUUAAGAAGUAGAAGCAUUGCUAUUAUUGUUGAAGCCCCCAGCGCCGUACCCCUCCUCUGUCGCUUUCCCCACCCUAGAGGUGGCCAGGCUCCUGGAUGGGUGACAGUCAUUGCCAUGCAUCUUUAGAAACACAGUUUGCUUUUGACUGACAGGAAGGGAUCUUUGAGCUUGAUUCUUGACGAGGAAAUAUAACAGAAGGUGGAAAUCAAGGUGGAGCUGCAGCUUGAAUUGAAUCUCUUUUGAAAAUAGAUUAUGAUGAAAUAUUUCAGACACAAAAAGACAUAUAGAAUGAGAAAAUGAACCCCCUGCUUAGGAAAGAAAACAUUCAAAAUAGGCACUCCCCCCCUCCCCCAGGUUCUUGCCUCUGAUCCCAUCCUCCCUGAUGAACCACCCUCCUGAAUUUGGGGUUAUUAUUCUGGGCUGAAUCUUGG